UCUGAGGUCCAAGUCGAAGUGCCGUUCGUCCCGCAGAGUCCACACAGACAGCUAACUGCGGUCGAACUUGCUCCAACCAUCAAGGUCGACUACCAUGGCCAAUGCAGGCGUACGCAUAGUCGCAGCUGUUCUCGUACUUACGGCCGGUUGGUCGUCCGCGUUACCUGCUUCGGACGAGGCGACGCAAAUAGAUUACACGGGGCACCGGCUCGUAUCCGUGACACCCACUACAGCAGCCCAAGUAAGCCUGUUAUCGACCUUGGCGGACAAACUGCAGCUCGACGUAUGGCAAGAGGCCACCGCCGUCAACGCGUCGGCACUUCUGCGACUGCGACCCGAAGUGGCCGCCGAGUUCGAGGCCAGCGUUACGCGAACAGGUCUGCGCGUGACGACGAGAAGCUCGAACCUGCAAGAAGCGAUUGAGAACGAGCGACGAGAGAUGCGAUUCACGACCUACUCGACUACUCCGUUGCGCUUCGAGAGGUACUUGAAGUAUGCCGAGUUUAGCAACGCUUUGAAGCAGUACGCAAGGAAGUACGACCACGUGACCUACUUGUCCAUUGGAAGGUCGUACGAAGGAAGGAACAUCAUCGCUGCUCACAUCAAGACCAAGGAAAAUUUGCCCAUCGUAUUUCUGGAGUGUGGUAUUCACGCCAGGGAGUGGAUUUCUCACUCUGCCUGCCUCUACAUCAUCGAUCAGUUGGCGACGCAGUAUGACAAGGACGACGGCAUCCGCCACCUGCUGUCCCGAUACGAAUGGCGCAUCCACCCGAUCGUCAAUCCUGAUGGCUACGACUACACGCACAAUACGGACCGGCUCUGGAGGAAGACUCGCUCCAAGAGCCGUUUCUCGAGCAAGUGCCGAGGCGCGGACGCAAACCGAAACUUCGACAUCGGAGGCUUUUGCAGUUCCACACACAUUUAUGGUGGCACUGUCGACCUUCGACCCUACUACCUAAUUAGGCUCUUAUAUCAAGCUGUUUCGAAAGGAAUCCGUGCCAGCAGCAAUCCCUGCCAGGACACCUACUGCGGUGACUACGCCUUCUCGGAACCCGAGUCCCGGGCCGUUCGGGACGCCCUGUGGGCGACCCAGGGUCGCACCGAGUUCUACUUCUCUAUCCAUAGCUUCGGUCAGCUCUGGAUGUUCCCGUAUGCCCACAGCGACGUUCCUGUCCCGGAGUACAAGCAGCUGAUGAACAUCUCACUGAGGGCGAAGGAAGCUAUCAGAAAAGUGCAGGGUACAGUCUACACGGUUGGACUAAUUUCAAAGACGAUAUACCAAGUAUCCGGGAGCAGCGUGGACUGGGCCUACGAGAAGAUGGGCGUCACGAAGUCCUUCGCCCUGGAACUUCAACCAUCCUGGCUCACGUUCCAGGGAAAUCUAGGUUUCCUGCUCCCGGCGAAGGAUAUCUUCCCCACCGUCAAGGAGACGUGGGAAGGGAUCAGGGCGGCUAUCGCCUAGACCUCGGCUCAUCAUUCUUACUCUUGCAUUGUAUCACGGACAUUUAUCGCGAACCGCUAUAAAAGUGACGUUGCCUUGCUAUAAUAGAUAACGGAUUGUGCGGCGAAUUGUGAAUGCUACGCAUUUACAAUUCGCAUUGUGCUAAUUUGUAUGCCUGAGGAGGACACUGAUACUGUGUACCAGAUAGGACGCCUUCGCAGACAGAGUGACAGCGGCCACACAGACAGUUCUAUGUUGUU